AAUAUCUUGUACCUCCUGCUACUCCUCAGCGUAGCACUGUCCGGUUAUGCUAAGUCUGUUUAGCUAAGUCUGUUUCAUUUAUGUGUCGUCUUUAAGUUUGACCACAUGUCAAAUAAAACCGUGAAACGUCCAGGAGUUGGGGUCGGGGUGCUGGUGAUAGACUCAGCCCACCCAGGGUGUGUUCUCCUGGGGAAACGGAGAAGCGCGAUGGGCAGAGGGACGUACCAGCUACCCGGUGGCCACUUGGAGUUUGGUGGAUGUGACACUUGUUUCUAUGUCACUGAAAGAGAGACGUGGGAGGAGUGUGCUCACAGAGAGGUGCUGGAGGAAGCAGGGGUGCGUUUGUUCAACGUGUGCUUUGCGUCAGUGGUGAACUCCAUCAGACUGGAGGAGCAGUACCACUAUGUCACCAUAAUCAUGCAAGGGGAGCUGGACAGGGAGCAGUCAGGAGAGCCGGAGAACCUGGAGCCAGAGAAGAACGAGGGAUGGACGUGGACGCGGUGGGACCAGUUUCCUCCAGAGGAGCAGCUCUUCUUGCCGCUAGCCUGUCUGAGACAACAAGGCUUCCAGCCAUUCAAGAACACAAACACAAGCACUGAAACUGAGCUUUGAAACGGACUGUUACAUCAGGAAACUUUUAUACGAUAAAACAGACAUACCUCCUCAAAACUCAACCUCUGAUGAAACAAAUAAAAUGCAAUUUGGAUGGG